CGAGUUUCUUAUUGCCAGAAAGGUUUAUAAUGCUUCUCAGCUAGCCGACACAGACACAAUAGCUUACUGUUUAAAGUUUGGUAACUAUCGAGAAAUAUACGCGUUGAAUACUGUAAUACAAAAUGGGAAAAUUGUGCCUUACUGGUAUAUUACUGCUUUGCUGCUCAUUCGACUAUGGAUUGGGUUGUGAUCCCAAAGUUUGCAUGGAUCCUGGUACUUGUGAAUUGGACUCGGUCAGCGGUAAUUGCUCCUGUGUAGCUGGCUUCUAUGGAAACGCAUGUGACAAGCUGCACAUGGAGGUAAUCUGUGAGAAGGACUUGUUUAAAGUGAUGGUGGUGAAGGAGUAUUUUGAGUACAAUAAUAUCAGUCUGAGCAUGCUGCACCUGCUGAAUGUGAACUGCACUGCCAUUGAGGAAGAGCUGGAUGGAGUACAAUACUACACAGCUGCCAUGAAUAAUAAGAACUACACCAUGUGUGGGGGACUGAAACCGCAGGUUAAUAAGACCCACAUCACUUAUACAAAUGUGCUGAGUUCUGGAGUCUGGCCAACAGCAGUUAUAGUGAGGCAACAACAGGUGGACGUGACGUUCCAUUGCGUGUAUCCUUACGACAGGACUGUUAGCCUCCCAAUCCCCAUCCGUCCUUCAAAAAGUGACUCGCUGAUUCGAUUGAACCAGAAAGAGGCUACAGUUGUAAUUGAAAUCUACAAGGAUGGUACCUAUAAAGAGCCUUACACCAGUGUGCCCAUCCUGAAGCUCAAAAGCACAGUCUACAUACAGAUCGGGAUCCUCGAGGACGAUGGCUUCUUCCGGGUCCGUGUCGUUGACUGCUGGGCGUCGCAGUCCUCUGACCCCAACGCUGGACUUGUGAGCCCCAAUCAAACUCUCAUCUCGGAUGGGUGCAAAGCGGAUCCAACACUCGUAUUCCAGAAUACGAAUGGACAAGGCGGCUUCGUCCAGUUCAGCUUUGAAAUGUUCAGAUUUGUGGUCUUUCCCUUUGAGUGGUACCUGCACUGCCGAGUGCGUCUCUGUAUACCAGCCAGCGAGGAUGCCUGCGUAGCGAUCUGCCGCAAUAAGAGACGGGACCAAAGGGAUGCUUCAGAGAGCGAGGCCCAGGGACUGCUGUCGUACGGUCCCAUUAAAGUCGAAAUGCCAGAGAACCAAAGACUUAAUCUGCUGUUGGUGGCAGCAUUCCCUGCUGGUGCUGUGGUUCUGAUCAUCGUGUUUCUCUUCAUUCUCCUCGCGAUUGCUAAAGCUACCAAUAAGAGAGCAUCGCAGCUGACCAUGAAGAUAAAGUCCUUUAAAAAUAUUGCCUAAAAAGAGAAAUAUGAUUAACAACUAUUCUAUACUUAAGGGUCCUGGGAUUUUUCUCUUGUAAUGCACAGCAGUCUAUAUGGCUGAAAUGUGACUUUGCAAAUCAGAGGCAGUUUAUUGGGUUGGAGCCUCUUAAAAUAGAGUAGAAACAUAUGUAUGAAAUAAUUAUCACUUAGUCACUUUCACUAUGUAAUUGAAUUUAAGUAGCACACUACCUCUUUUAAACAAACCACUUUCACUUCAUAGUUUAAUUGGAAUCAUGACAUCAUAUCUGAAAAUAAAUAUAAUGUAUUUUA